AUGGCCGCCGCAAUAUCCAUGGCCUUCCACGAGGCGCGGAUAGAAAAGGCCUUCGAGCACUUCUGGUCCCAAUUCUGGUCUACAGUGGGCCAAAGAACAGUGAAGGAGGCGGAGGCAAGCCCCACUCCUACAAGCCCAAGAAAUACCCACAGGCCACAGCCUGCUAUGCAGGGCCACGACACUGCCCCGGUAACAAGCAGGAGGAGUAGGAAGAAGCGACAAGUACCUCAAUCAUGGAGAAUCCGCGCUGCCAAAUCUCACCCAGUCCGCCUGCAGGGCUUAACUACUCGACCAGCGCAGGUCCUCUCAGGGGCCAGGGGACGAAAGGGAACCAUACCAACGCAAGGAACUGCAAUCAGGUGCCCGACUCUCCCUAGCGCACGACUCAGGGGAAGGCCUACUCCUGGAACUCACAGAAAGGCCACAACGGCCACUCUGCAUCUCCCCACACAGAACACUCACUUGCAAAAUCCCGCAGGCCCAACCGGACUUCACACAUGCCUCCUCCGCACACGCACUGUUCGACUCUCACCCUGGCAAGAAGGUCAGAUCGGUACAUUGCAAGCCUGGAAGCGGACUGUUCAGCGGAUAGGCUGA